AUGGCUCCAAGGGAUAAGAGUAACAAGAGUGGCGUGAAGAAAUCCAAGUCCAGCGAAGAGGUGGUGCGUUUUCGAGGAGUGAGGAGAAGGCCAUGGGGAAAAUACGCCGCCGAGAUCAGAGACCCCCGAAAGAAGAGGCGCGUCUGGCUCGGAACCUUUGACACCGCCGCAGAAGCAGCCAGAGCCUACGACUCCGCCGCCAUCGAGCUCCGCGGCUCAAAGGCCAUAACUAACUUCCCGAACACUUUCAAUAACAACAAUCACAAAGUCAUGCACAUUGGUGAUGUCAUAGCCAGUGAUUUUGAUUCAUCCUCCGUUAUCGCUACGAAGGGUGAAAAAGAGUUUGACCUUAACCACCCUCCUCCUCAAGAAAUUGAGGAAUCCUAA